UAUACAAAAAUGAAACUUAUAGCUGUGUGUUGUUUCGUAGUGGGCCUAAGUAUGGUUCAUCUAAGCGCUGGCUAUUGUCGGGUUAGAUGUCCAAAUACCGAAGAUGUGGUCUGGGCAUUGGGAAACUUAUGCAAUGUGUUCCGAAACAAAUGCUAUUUCAAUCAGGCGAACCGUACUAGUGAUACACCCUUGACUAUUGUUUCUAAAGAAGAAUGUCAGCCCAGCUGUCCUACCAUAUGUCCACAAGUUUUUGAUCCUGUUUGGGGAACGUACAAUGGCAAAGUCAAACAAUUUGGAAAUGCUUGCAUGAUGGGCGCCCAUGUGUGCACAACUGGCAAGACAUAUUUGCCUUUAAGGUACUCUUGAGGAGCCGUAUUGAUUUCAAUAAAUGAAUGCAUCUUGUAAACCA